AUGCCCUCACUUUUAUCCGAAUAUGGGAAAAAGUUCGAAGAUUGGAUGGUGGAAAUGUUCUACCAGUAUGGUUUAUUAUUGGGAAAAUAUCCAUUUUGGUUCCUUUGGGGACCGGUGAUAUUCACAGCUUGUUGUACUCCUGGAUUGUUCUAUCUUAAAAUCAAUCUCGAUCUCUAUAAACUCUUCGUACCAACAGAUGCACCGAGGCAAACAAAAAUGGAUCCUCAUAAGGAGGAGAUGAUGGUGAAAAAGGCUCAGGUUCGGGGAUCUAAAGCUCCGAUCAAAAACGAUAUCUUGCGGUUUUAUGUUGUUCACAAAAACUUCGAUAAUCUCCUACAGUCUAAGUAUCUCGGACCUCUCUAUGAAUAUACUAACAAAAUGAUGGAAGUGACAAUGGAAUUUCGAGGCGAACACUAUGAUUUGGAGGAUUUCUGCCAGAAGGAGAAGGGUCAGAAGGAGUGCGACAAUAAUCUGAACGUAUGGAUAAAGCACGCAGACGUACUAUUCAAGGAUGGUAAAAUCAAGACAAAUCCAAAUCUUCAGCUUUCCUACCCCGUGCUUUAUCUUUUUAAUAGGCCAAAAGAUAUUGGAAAUGUGAUCUACGGUGUAGAUGUAAAAGGAGAGAAGAACGAAAUUCAGGGGGCAAGAGUGCUUACACUUCAUUGGUUCAUCCAAUAUCCGGGAUCACCGGAAAACAAUGCCGCAUAUUAUCAAUUUCGUGAAACUUUAAUGGAUUACUGGCGCGAAGUGAUGAAAGAAACUGAGUUCGAGUUUAUACCUCAUAAUGACAAAGCUAUGGACGACGAGAUGAUGAAAAUUAUUGAGACAACCGUGCCAUUCGCUAUUCCGGCAACCAUAAUGCUUAUGAUUUAUGUGGUGUUUUCCAACUGGAGCAGUAACAAGCAAAAGCAAGUCCUGCUGAAUCUUUAUUCGAGUUUGUCUUGUCACUACUUUACUCUGUUCAGGUCAAAACCGCUAGAAAUGUAUCUUGGAGUGUGGUCAGUUAUCCUUGCUCUUAUCGCUACAUUUGGCAUUUUCUUCUUUCUUGGUGUUUCCUUCAACCCCGUUACCUCAACUAUGCCGUUCUUAGUGCUGGCUGUCGGUAUUGAUGAUGAUUUCCUAAUGAUAGCUGCUUGGCGAGAGCUAGAUCGAAAAAUCCCGUUACAUCAACGGAUGGCCCUGGUUAUGGCUGACGCCGGAGCGUCAGUCACUGUAACCUCGUUCACCAACUUCUUCUGCUUCGGUCUCGGUUACUUCAUGUGCUCCACACCCGCUGUUGCUGACUUCUGCCUGAUCACAGCGUGGGCGGUUUUGAUUGAUUAUUUAAUGCAGAUCACUUUCUUCGCUGGGGUGCUUUGCUACUCUGGUCGGAAGGAAGAGACUGGAGGGCUGGCUUCAUGCUGUUACAAAAAUGAGGAUCAUCCGGAGGUUGGCACAAUUCCGCCACCUAUUGAGAAAGCCACUGAGGUCGAGGUCAACAUUCAACACCAUGCGAAGUCAGCUAGCUUACCGUAUAUGCACAAGUUCUUCGGAGAAAAGUUUGCUCCCUUCAUACUUCGUCGCGACGUUCGUCUUGUCAGCUGGAUAAUUUUUAUUGUUUACACUUGCGUGGCACUGUAUGGAUGCUGUGUGCUGAAGGUCGACAUCAGCCCAGUAAAAUAUAUUCGGGACAAUUCCCCUAUCCAAACCUUCGUUAAAUUGGCUGACAAAUAUAUUUGGGCUGACAAUGUUAUGCCACUAUUUCACGUGAUGAAUCCGCCAGACCUUCGUGAUGCUGGAAAACGAGCUCGUCUCAACGAACUGGUUUAUAGAUUGGAGCACACUAAUUACUCCAUAGGAAGGGUCUCCACGAAUUUCUGGAUGUGGCAGUAUCAGCAGUACCUUAAUGACUUCCCUGAUGUUGAUUAUCAGAAAGAUUUCUAUAAUAAGAAGUACCUGAGAGAUUUCUUUAAUCAAAUAGAUUAUUCACAGUACCGCCAAAAUGUAAAGUUCCUCAAUAAUGUUAGUAAUGGAGAGCCAUGUAUUGCUGCGUUUGCAUUUGAAACGUCUUUCUACGGCUUGGACAGUUGGGAUAAACGGCAAAACGAACUUUUCCGCUGGAGAGCCAUUUUAGAAGAGUAUCCAGACUUUGACAUUCCAUUCCUUAUCGACCAGCGUCAUACUAUCGCCCCAUCAUCGAUGCAAACGAUUGGUUCAGCUCUAGCAAUGAUGGCGCUCAUUUCAUUCUUCUUUUUGCCCGAUGCACAAUCAGUUUUCCUCAUGACAUGGUCAUUGUUAUCUAUCUCUAUGGGAGUUUGUGGCGGUUUAGCCAUGCUUGGAUCCGAUCUAGAUUCUGUAAGCAUGGGUUGCAUCGUCAUGGCUAUUGGUCUAGCUGUCGACUACUCUGUCCAUAUUUGCUAUAGAUAUCAUCGCUCAGAAUACAGCAGAGCUGCAGAUAAGGUUCGCGAUACAUUGUGCUCGGUUGGAUGGCCUAUAACUCAAGCAGUGACGUCGACACUAUUUGGACUGUCGUCCACAGCUUUUGUGCCUGCCUACCUUGUCAGGGUUUUCUUUCAAACAGUAUAUCUUGUAAAUAUAAUAGGCUUAACUCAUGCACUCAUAUGGUUACCGCAACUGAUCGCUGCGCUUGAUCCAUGUGAACGAGUACCAUUGAGAUUACGUUUGAAAAAGCACUAG